AUGUCCUCCAUCCCACCACCCCCGCCCCCCGCACCCAUCCCCCCACCAGCAACUCAAGCACAAAGAAACACCCCACAACCACCCACCGUCCCCUCCACCGGCCCCAAAGACUCCCUGCUCCUCGAACUGCAUAUCUUCAACGGCCACCCGUUCAAAGACCACUGGGCAUACUGGAUCUCUUCUCCCGAUGAUACGCUGAUCGGAGUAAAAAUCCACGCAACCGGUGAUGUGCGCAACGGGUUCAUCUUUGAGAUCAAGCGCAGCCACAAUCUUCGUACCAGUCCGGAUAUUCCAACGAAGCGGAUCCCAUUGCAGUGGGUGGAUGGGAGGUAUUUUAAUCAGAAGCUGAUGGAGGGACCGGAAAGGAUUGAGAAUGUGCCGGGUUGUGCCUUCGAGAGGAUUCUGUAUCAGGCGAAGGUGCCGGGGAAGUCGCUGAACAGUGUUGGAGAGGCUGGGGUUGGGGUUGGGAGGAGGGUGGUGCAGAGGGAUUGUCAGACUUGGGUUGUGGAGUCGAUGGGGUAUUUGGUUAGGGAGGGGGUUAUUCGAAGGGAGGUGGAGGAGUUUGUAUGUAGUAUUAGACAGUGA